AUUGGUAUGACCGAGGUUGAAGAGGUGGAGUACGAGGAUUCUAACCAGCGUAAGCGGAUUAGGAAGGUUGGUGAGAUCAGUGUCAUCGCCAACAACAUGGAGAAAUAUAUUUCAUUCAAGUGGCGUCAGUACCGCUUCAUUGACUCCAUGGCCUUCUUGAACUCCUCUCUUGACUCGUUGGUGAGCAACACCCCGGAAGAUGCCUUCAAGCUUACUCGUACAUUAGCCCAUCAUGACCUUCUCCGGCGUAAGGGUGUCUACCCCUACGAGUACAUGGACUCCUUUGCUCGGUUUGAUGAGACACAGCUGCCACCUAAAUCAGCAUUUGAGUCUAGUUUGACUGGAGAAGGUAUCAGUGAUGCCGACUAUGCCCAUGCUCAGAACGUAUGGCAGACAUUUGAGUGCAGUACAAUGGAGGCCUAUCAUGACCUCUAUUUGCAAACAGAUGUCUAUCUUCUAGCAGAUGUCUUUGAGCAUUUCCGCAAGACGGCAUACAAGACGUAUGGGUUGGAUCCAGCUCAUUACCUUACUCUCCCAGGAUAUGCAUGGGAUGCUCUACUACGGUUCACCCAGAUUGAACUGCAGCUGCUCACGGAUGUAGACAUGCAUCUGUUUGUCGAAGCCGGUCUACGUGGGGGCAUCUCAAUGGCGUCGCAGCGGUACGGCAAGGCCAACAACCCAACGAUGGGUCAGUACAAUCCUGCCGAGCCCACAUCAUACCUGCUAUACCUUGAUGCCAACAACCUGUAUGGCUGGGCUAUGUGCCAAAGUAUGCCGACAUCUGAGUUUGCCUGGUGUGACAAGAACCUGUCCGAGAUACUGGCACACCCUGUAGAUUCGAGCACUGGGUUCAUUGUGGAGUGUGAUCUUGAGGUACCCUCUUCGCUUCACCACUACUUCAAUGAUUAUCCACUCGCACCGGAAGUGAUGAGAACAUUCUCAGAUAAGCUAUCACCAUACCAACAAGCACUUGUGGAGGAGCUCAAAGUGUCAGCCGUAGAUGGAGUCAAGUUGACACCCAGUCUCCUACCCAAGUCCAAGUAUGUGUUACACUACCGUACACUGCAGCUGUAUUCGCGUCUGGGCAUGGUGGUGACCGCUGUUCACAAGGUGUUGGGAUUUCAGCAGAGUGCCUGGAUGGCUCCCUACAUCAAUCUGAACACUGCACUUCGCACGAGGGCUACAACCGACUUUGAGAAGAGCUUUUACAAGCUGAUGAACAACUCAGUCUUUGGCAAGACGAUGGAGAACGUUCGUAAUCGAACACGCAUCGAUCUCUUGCGAGAAGAAAGUGAGGAGCAGGUACUGAGGGCAGUGAGCAAGCCUACAUAUGUGCGGCAUGACAUUUUCCCGAACGGGCUUGUCGGAAUAGAAAAGCAGUACACUGAGAUCAAGCUCAACAAGCCGGUCUAUGUGGGUAUGUCGAUACUAGACCUGUCAAAGGUACACAUGUACUCCUUCUACUACGAUGUGCUGAAGGAGCAGUAUGGUAGCAGAAUCCGGCUGUUGUACACCGACACCGACUCUGUUAUUGUGCACAUCACCACCGGUGAUGUUUAUGCAGAGAUGGAUCUGUCUCUGUAUGACACCAGCAACUUUCCCACUGACCAUCCUCAGUACACUUCUGCCAAUAAGAAAGUGGUUGGCAAAUUCAAAGAUGAGCUUGGUGGGAAAUCCAUGGUGGAGUUUGUAGGUCUAAGAUCGAAGAUGUACUCCUACAUCGGACAGGAAUCGGCCAAACGGGCCAAGGGUGUGCGAAAGGCAGUCCUGGCAAAUACCAUCACCCACAAGGACUAUGUAGAUGCACUGCUCAGUCAUCGUGUGUCUUCCAGGCCUAUGACGGGUCUCCGAUCACAUUGCCACACAGUGUAUGAGGAGGUAACCACCAAGGUGGCAUUGUCUCCAUUCGACUGCAAGCGGUACAUACUGGAUGAUGGCAUGGCCACACUUGCAUAUGGUCACAAGGACAUUUAAUGGACAGGACCCCACAUUGAACAUGUUUCAUCAUUUUCAUACAAAAACUCCCCGCCGUUCUUCUGUCAUUAAUUCCUCCUAUCUUGGCAUGUCGGGCCGGCUCCAACAAUAUACAUUUUUUGUUAAAUAUUUCAGGCUUGUGCCUCAAUCAUAUUGCAGGAUAUAGUGCAUCGUGCGGUAUAAUAAUCUUCAUUGUAUCAUCAAAUAUUACCCUACACACUUUGGGUUGCAGUGUGUGCACAGCAUAGUCCAUAUAUCAUCAAAUUGAUCAAGUUCAGUAUCUGCGGGCAUAUAUUUCCCCAGCUUGAGAAAAUGCUUAUAUACUUGCGUAAAUUUAUGCUCACAAUGAUUACAUU